AUGGUAUCCGUCACCAUCCUCGCCGCCCUCCUUCUAGUUAGCUGGGCCUUCACUGCCCUCCUCAUCCUCCUCCUUGCCUUUACCCUCUUUGUCCUCAAGGACACCUACACCUUCAAGGUCCACCUUGAACGCACCCCUACCCCUCUCGCCACCACCCCCAUCGACGAACAGGCUCUCAACUGGGCUAACAACAGAGCACAAGUAACAUCCCCCAUUGAGCUCACUCCAACCCCCUUUACUGACCUUCUCAGUGCCCUUCUGGGCUUCUUCCUCACCACCCUCCUCUCCGUCCUCGCUCUCGCCCUCAUUGUCCCCCUAACCCUUCGGCUCACCAUUCAGCACCUGGAACGCAAACACCAGUGGGCCUACAACAUCACCGCCACUGCACAGCGCCCCCUCCCCCAUACCACCACCACUCUCCCUGUCAUUGCCGCCAACCGCUGA